AUGUCAACACGUCCACCACUGCCGGCGUCGACAUCGUCGUCCAUGAGCCUUAUGAACGGCCCUGGAGAGAUUGGAUACGGCGUCUAUGGUCGUAUCUUAUUUUGUGCGACUGAAUUGGAGCUCUUAGGAGAAGAACGUGGCCAUAUUGGACUAUUAUCAAUUACAAGGGUACGUGCCAUGUCUGAAGAUGAAACACCUUAUGCCACAGUAGAACAAGGUGUUGAACACUAUUAUCUUGAAAUUUGCACGGAAGAUCGGCUGUACUUAAUGCGAACUCCUAUUGGCACGGCAUCUACAUGUGAAAGUUGGUCGAUUGCCAUUGAAGAACAGCGAAAGGUAUUGCGCUUUGGAAAGACAAGUCAACGUGAAUGUACUUUGGAUUCUGUUUAUUUUCCAGAGGCAUUGCCCAGUCCUAAUCUUCUUGCACGUAACCAUGAGAUUUUUUCUCAUUUUGAAACAUCGCCGCCACGGGUUGCCAUGGUCUCGGUCGUUUACAAGAGCGAGCGGGUGGAGAAGGUGAUUAAACGACGGACAGAGUGGGGUGAAGAGCUGGACCUUGGUGUGAUCCCACAGGGAGGAGCGUGCGUCAUUCUUCUUCAAGAUGGGGGUCUCGGUCGUAUUGAAGUCUCGGUAACUUGCAAGGUGUUAUCGCAACGGAGUAGACUGAAGCUCCCUAGGCCUCAUAGCGCUGAGGAAGGAUUGCCAAAGUGGGUGGAGUGGGUGGAUGAAGGCUCUAGUAUCGGGUUCCUCCUCAUGUGCCUGUUUGUUCACUUGCUAUAUGGUGUCGACGGUUUCCAUUGGUCACACAAGUGCUGUCUUACGGUUGGUGCCGCGCUUGCAAUCUCGACAAUUUUGAAUGGGUCUACUAGAAGCUCGCCAGCGCCAAUUCUAACGCCUCGGCAUUCAAGUCCCACCAAUCUUCUACCCAGGUUACAGUUUGCGCUCACUGUUCAUCGCUGCUGGAUAAAGAUGGAGGGCACGGAGUACAUAUAUCCACAGUCCAGCAGUGGCAAGAAGUAA